AUGGAGUUCUCUGACGAUGAAAUCUUCGAGGAGGUCGGGAAAAUAUUGGAACCUUUGAUGUUAAAGAUUGAUGACUAUGUAAAUAUAAGAGACAAAAUUAUCGAUGCAAUGGUACGCGGACUCAAGUUGAAAACAAGGGAAACUUCGUCUAUCAAAAUGUUCCCUUCAUUCGUCACUCGAUUUCCAAGUGGAGGAGAAAAGGGACAGUUUCUUGCUUUGGACCUUGGUGGUACCAACUAUCGUGUACUCCUUGUAACGCUUGCUGGCGAUGGCCAACAUCCCAAGAUUGAUGAACGAACAUAUGCUAUUCCGCAAAAGAAAAUGCUUGGUACGAGCAAGGAGCUCUUCGGAUAUAUUGCUUCGACACUCCAAAAUUUCCUCAAACGUUACGGACUUGAGGAUAAGAGUCUUCCCCUAGGUUUUACUUUUUCUUUCCCCUGCGAACAACACGCUAUCGACAAAUCUAUUCUCGUUAGGUGGACGAAAGGUUUUAACGUCAUGGAUGCUGUCCACUCAGAUGUGGCCAAAUUGCUCCAAACAGCCACGGACGAAAUUGGCCUUAAAGUAAGAUGUGUUGCGGUUGUGAAUGAUACUGUUGGAACGUUAGCUUCAUGUGCUCUGGAGGAUCCCCGAUGUGCUAUCGGUUUGAUUGUCGGAACUGGCACAAAUGCUGCUUACAUCGAGAAGAUUGAGGCCGUUGAGUUUAUGAAGAAAAUGGAAAGUGUAAACCCAGUUCAACGCUCCAAGAUGGAGGACAGUGUCAUAAUCAAUCUUGAGUGGGGAGCAUUUGGGGAAAAGGGUGAACUUCAGCCCUAUCUCACCGACUUUGAUCUCGAGUUAGAUCAUGAAAGCCUUCAUCCUGGAAAGCAAAUAUUUGAAAAGAUGGUUUCAGGCAUGUAUCUGGGUGAACUUGUCCGAAUUGUUCUGAUGCACCUUGUGAAAAGGCGACUUUUGUUCAGAGGUGAGAUGCCUGAUCAAUUGCUGCACCAAGGCGGUUUUCUCACUAAAAUGAUCACUGAAACUGAGCGUGAUCCACCCCAUCUGUUCUAUAGCACCCAUUCCGUUUUGACAGAGGACCUAAAAUUACCCAUUGUGGAUCCAAUCGAUGAUCGUGUGGUCCGUCUGGCAUGUGAAUGCAUCUCCAAAAGGGCCGCUUACCUUGCUGGAGCCGGUAUUGCGGCACUGAUGCACAAAUUAAAUCGUCCUCAGGUUACCGUUGGCAUUGACGGAUCAUUGUACAAAUUCCACCCAAGAUUCAGAGAACGCAUGACAGAUAUUAUUGAUAAAUUGAAGCCGGACUUCGUGAAGUUCCGAUUGAGGCUCUCUGAGGAUGGCAGUGGAAAGGGUGCCGCCGCAAUUGCAGCUGCAGCCACAAGGCCCUUGAACUCAUAG